AUGUUAUUUCAAUUUCUUACUCUUUCUUCUUUCUUUUACACUUUUUCUUCUAUCAAAUUUUUCACUUUUUUCUUCUAUUUUAUUUUCUAUGUUUUUAUGCUUGUAUUUUUAAAAUGGUGUUUCUUUUUCCUUUCUUGCAUUCUUCCUUUCUUUUUGUCAAGCUUUUUUCUUUCUUUCAGUCUUUCUUAUUUUCCUUCUUUAUUUUAUCUUUUUUUUCAAAUUUUCUUUCUAUCUUCUCUUUUUAUUUUUGAGAUUUUUUUUAUUCUUUUUUCCUUUCUUUUGUUAAUUAUUUACUUUAUUCAUAUUUAUUUAUUCAUAUUUGUUGAUUCAUAUUUAUUGAUUCAUAUUUAUCUAUUUAUUUCAUUCAUAUUUAUUCCAUAUUUUAUUCAUAUUUAUUUUUCAUAUUUAUUUAUUUUAUUCAUUUGUUUCAGUUUUUUAUCUCUCACUCUUAUUUUUUUUUUGGAGAUUUUGCAUUUUUAA